AAGGAGAGGAAGAAGCAAAUGCAGUAACGUGUUUAAUUAGGAAUGAAGGAAAGGUAGGUAAUUUAAUAAAGGAGGGUAGCAAUAAGAAAGUAGCUGUGUGUCAGUUUUGGCGUGCAUAGCUGAGCAAAGGUGGUGGUGAUGAUGAGUGCCUCUUAAUGUCCCCCCAUAAUUGAAUGAAUACCCCAACUUUCCUCGCUAGAAUUAAAGCAACAACAAAUAAAGGAACUGUUAACAAUUUUCUUGCGCAACAACUACAGGAACACAGCUAGUAAUGCUAGUACAUGCAACUCUUCUACACCACCUCUUGACAGCUACCCUUUUGUGUAAAAAUUUUUGGAUUCUAUAACCAUGUGACAGCUCAUUUCUUUGGGGAUACUUUGCUAGGUUUCACACUUUCUUUAGCCGUUUGUCUUGGUUAAUGGGUGUUGGCUCUCUGGACUCAUGCAUAAAUUUUAAGCAAUUUGGGGGGGGACUAAAAUCAUAGACAGAUGCUUCCUGUCCACUGUUUUGGUGGCUUCUUCAACUGAUACCAAGAUGCUGUUUUCUGUUGCAGGUUUUCAAACUUCAACGGUAAAAAAAAUACAUAGAUAUAUGCUCAAUGUUUGUACAAGUCAAGUUUGGGACUUGAAACUUUAGUUAGGCUCAAGAGGUCUUAUUGAUAUGAAUCUUUAAAUAAAGGAAGGGAAAACAAAGUAACAGAGUAAUCAGUGAGGGAAAGAUAAAGAAAUGGUGGGGAAGUGAGGUGGAGUCAGAUUUAUGCUUGUGGGGUGUCUUCAAUUUCUGAAUUUUUUAGUGCGGAGAGCCUGUUGGCUAUGUCUCCUGGGCUGAUUCAUUGCGCCCGGGCUCCAUGGGCUUUGCCACCGAUUCAGGCAACAGCCAUUUCUUCAGUUUUCUUGUUAUAUAAGGGAUCCUUUUGUUAAAAAAUUACCCAAUCCCAUCUUCUCAAUAAGCCCUUCAAGCACACACUCUCUCUCUUAGUCACACUUCCUGCCUCGGGUGCUGUCAAGAUUCGGUAUUACCUUUCGUGGCAUGCAUCUUCAGCCCCUAUUUUAGAUCCUUAUUGACCCUUAUUGAAGCCUGGAGACUCUCUUACAAUUCGGGAAUUUGGUCCCCACCAGUGUUCUUUUCCAAUUCAGGGGAGUAUCUCCUCGAGUUGUGGUUAUGUAUUGUUUCAUUGAGAAUGUGUGGUAGUGAGCAAAAGCUAUAAGUUGUUUGAUUUAGGAUUGAUCAGUUGAGUACUGGGGAAGGUUUUCUAUUGAGGUGGCACAGGAGAUUUUUGAUCUUUUACUUUGUCAAAUGAAGUUCAUGAAACUUGGAUCGAAGCCGGAUUCAUUUCAGUCAGAUGCAGACUGUGUCAGGUAUGUGUCUGGUGAGUUGGCAUCAGACUUCAUCAUUACUGUUUGGGAUGUAAAGUUUUAUCUGCACAAGUUUCCUCUUCUGUCAAAAAGUGCUCACUUGCAGAAGUCAGCUGCAAUUGGCAAUGGGGAAAACACUGAUGAAGUUGACAUUUCUGACAUUCCUGGUGGCCCUGCUGCUUUUGAGAUAUGUGCCAAAUUUUGUUAUGGGAUGAUUGUGACCCUCAAUGCUUACAAUGUCAUCGCGGCUCGAUGUGCAGCUGAGUACCUAGGAAUGAAUGAGAACAUUGAAAAAGGGAACCUCAUUUACAAAAUUGAUGUUUUCCUUAGCUCUAGUAUUUUUCGCAGCUGGAAGGAUUCUAUCGUUGCUCUGCAGACCACAAAGCCAUUGUUGCCAUUAUGUGAGGAACUGAAGAUGAUGAGUGCUUGCAUUGAUGGUGUAGCUACCAAGGCCUGUGUUGAUAUUUCAAAAGUUGACUGGUCCUAUAGCUAUAACCGGAAGAAACUCCCAAAAGAAAAUGAUAAUGAUCCAAAUGUGAAUGGUAUGAGACACCGAUCGGUGCCGAAAGACUGGUGGGUUGAGGAUUUGUGUGAUCUUGAUAUUGAUUUAUACAAGCGUGUUAUUAUGGCAAUUAGAACCAAGGCUAUACUUUCUAGUGAGGUAAUUGGAGAAGCUUUGAAAGCUUAUGCUUAUAGGAGAUUACAAGGUUUAAGCAAGGGUGUGAUCCAAUGUGGAGAAGCAAUAAAAUAUAGAUCAACAGUUGAUACAAUUUUGUGUCUGUUGCCUGCUGAGAGAGGCAGCAUCUCCUGUAGUUUUUUGCUGAAGUUAUUAAAAGCAACCAUAUAUGUAAACCUAGGAGACAUGACAAAGGGACAGCUAAUCAAGAAAAUAGGCCAGCAACUGGAGGAGGCUUCUGUACAUGAUCUGUUGAUACAUGCAGCAGAAGGGGAGAGUAUGAUGUAUGAUGUUGAUACAGUAAAGAAAAUAGUUGAAGAGUUUCUGAUGCAAGAUCAGAAUGCUGAGAUUGAUUCACUGGAAGAAGGCCAAGAGGUGCAGGAGAUAAGAAGACCAGGGAUUUUAUCGGAUGCUUCCAAGCUCAUGGUGGCAAAACUGAUAGAUGGAUACCUUGCUGAAAUUGCAAAAGAUCCCAAUCUACCCUUGUUGAAGUUUGUUGAGCUCGCUGAGAUGGUGUCUGGUAUCUCCCGGCCUGCUCAUGAUGCCCUAUACCAAGCAAUUGACAUGUUUCUUAAGGAGCAUCCGGGGAUCAGCAAAGGCGAGAGGAAGAGAAUAUGCAAGUUGAUGGAUUGCAAGAAGCUAUCAGUUGAUGCAUGCAUGCAUGCAGUGCAGAACGAGAGACUGCCAUUGCGGUUGGUCGUGCGGAUACUCUUUUAUGAGCAGGUCAGGGUGGCCGCCACAUCAGGAAGUAGCACUCCUGACCUUCCCAAAGGUCUCUGGGAUCUAAAUAAUGGAUCUCGUGGGAGCUCAAGGUCAGCUGCUACUAAUCCGGAGGAAGAUUGGGAUGCUGUGGCUACAGCCGAUGAGCUCAGGGCCCUAAAAGCAGAGAUAGCAUCCUUAAGGUUAAGUAAUGCAGAGAGAAAUGGGAGGGGUAAAAAUAGUAUAGAUAAGGCCACAAAUAACAGAGUGAAGGGUUUGCUCAAGUCAAAGAAGAUCCUUACAAAGCUUUGGUCAAGCAAAGGAGAAAAGGGUGAGAACAGUGGGUCAGAUUCAUCUGAUAGUCUUGGUUCUGCUAAUCCUGAAGUAGCCAAGUCCACACCCUCCAGAAAUGGAAGGCAUUCUGUCUCUUAGAAGAAAUUACUAUUAGAUUUCUGGUUGGUUUUUGGUUUUUAGGCCAAGUCUAAAUUAAUGAUAUUAACAACUUAUAUAAGAGUAGUAAUUCUAAUUGAGCAACAUGAAGCAUAUAUAGUUUUUUAGAAGAAUAUAUAUUAUUAAAAAAUAA